AUAGGUUUUUUUUUCCGUGUGUGAAUUCAGUGACUUGACUAAACUUGGUGCUGGCUCCACCCCCCCACCCUCCGUUAGAGUCAGCCAGUCCACUGCGUGUUAGGACUGAUGUCUUUAACUUCCAAGCAUCAGAGGAGGGAAAAGGUCCUCCCCCCAGGCUCUUAUCUGGAGGAACAGCCUAAUACAGCAGCUACGGAGCCGUCGCAAGUUCCUCAACUUUAAACUCCAACCGGCGUCUUUCCUCGGAGGAAGAAAAAACAACCCCUCCCGUAAAGGCAGCUUUCCUCUGUGUUUUCCGACUUGGAUUAAGUUCUGCAUGGAAACAAAUGAUAUGUGAGAGGAGCAGGGAGAGAGGAGGUGGGUGUCGGAUAGACCGAGUUUCUCUUCUUGUUCUUUAAUGCAUGAAUCUCGGGUACAAGCUUGAUUUGGACCAGAGUGGAAGAAGAGAAAUACCUACAUAGCCGAGAGUCCCAAUUGUUGCUGUUAUUGCCACUGCGGGAUCUAAAUCUCAUUGAGGUUUCAGACUUAAAAGGUUUAAAUCAAAAGAAAAGAAAAGUUCUUGAAGCAACAAAGACAAGAAAUAGAAAAAAGGCAACAAGUGAUUGGCUGUUAGUAGGCUACUAAGAACUAUGGCGUUAAAGGCCAGAGUGCUGUAUGACUUCCACUCUGAGAACCCAGGGGAGAUCUCCAUAUCAGAGAACGAGCUGGUGACUCUGUUCAACGAGGAGGAGCUGGAGGGCUGGCUGGAGGGGGAGAACAGCAGGGGGGAGGCUGGCCUCUUCCCUGCCUCCUACGUGGAGAUCAUCAGGGACCACAUCACCUCCAGCAUCAACAACAACGGCCUCUCCUCUCCCCUAACCAAAGCCCUGACGCCCACCCACACCUCCUACACAUCCUCGGACACGCAGUCUCCCAGAGGCCUCGGGGCUGGCAGCGGUGGCAGCGGUGGAGGCAGCUUCCACCCCAGCCAGGGCAGCGACGACGACUGGGACGACGACUGGGACGACGCCCCUCCUGCGGCGGACGCAGGGAAGCAAUGUCCGGGCGGCUCGCCCGCCAUGUACCCGGUGACCACCUCGUUGCCCGGGCGGCGCGAGAGCAGCCAGCAGCAGCAGCAGGCCAAGGGCUCAGCAACAGUGGGGAGGAACCUCAACAGGUUCUCCACCUUUGUCAAGUCCGGAGGGGAGGCCUUCCUGCUCGGGGAGGCCUCUGCUUUUGUGAAGGACGGGGACCGGAUCUGCGUGGCGAUGGGGAAGCACGGACCGGAGUGGCAGGAGGACCCGUAUCCGUUCGUGUGCACCAUCGACGACCCCACCAAGCAGACCAAGUUCAAAGGCAUGAAGAGCUACAUGUCCUACGGCCUGACCCCGACCCACACCAAUGUACAGGUCAACCGCAGGUAUAAGCACUUUGACUGGCUGUACGCUCGGCUCGUGGAGCGCUUCCCCGUCAUCUCAGUGCCCCACCUGCCAGAGAAGCAGGCCACCGGCCGCUUCGAGGAAGACUUCAUCUCCAAACGGAGGAAGGGACUGAUCUGGUGGAUGAACCACAUGACCAGCCACCCUGUGCUGGCACGCUGUGACGUUUUCCAGCAUUUCCUAACGUGCGGCGCGGAUGAGAAGGCCUGGAAACAGGGCAAGAGGAAGGCAGAGAGGGACGAGCUGGUCGGGUCCAAUUUCUUCCUCACAAUCAGCACGCCGGCUGUCCCGCUGGACCUCCAGGAAGUCGAGAGCAAGAUCGAAGGCUUCAAGACCUUCACCAAGAGGAUGGACGAGAACAUCGUGGUCGUGAACGCCACCAUCAACGAGUUCGCUCGCAAGCAGAUGGCAGGGUUCAAGAAGGAGUACCAAAAGGUCGGACAGUCCUUCGCACUCCUGGGGCAGGCGUUCGAGCUGGACCAGCAGACGUACUCAGCGGGCCUGAACAAAGCCAUCGCCUACACGGGCGAGGCCUACGAGGCGGUGGGAGAGUAUUUUGCUGAGCAGCCACGCCACGACCUGGCUCCCAUUUCUGACCUGCUGGACCUCUACAGAGGACACCUGGCCAAUUUCCCUGACAUCAUCCAUGUGCAGAAAGGCGCACUGACCAAGGUGAAAGACUGUCCAAAGCAGGAAGGUGAGCUCCACGACCGCUGCAACAUCAUUUCCUGCGCCACGUUGGCUGAGAUCCAGCACUUCCACCGCACGCGCGUACGGGACUUCCGCUCGCAGAUGCAGCACUACCUCCGCGAGCAGAUCGUCUUCUUCCAGAAGAUCACCACCAAGCUGGAGGACGCGCUUCAGAGAUAUGACGACGAGGAGUAGGAAGAGGGGGAGAUAACUGAGAAGUUGGACUACAAAGGCCUUGAGGAAAUGGUUUGGGAGGGGGGAGGGGGGGGGUUAAAGUGGGGAGCAAAUAGGGAUGAUUGUUGGCUUCGUCCUCCAGUAAAAGAAAAACAAUUUUGUCCCUUUGAGAGAGAAAACCUUUUGAUGUUAGGACUCCUGGGCGGGGAACAUGCAUUGGAAGAAAUACACUACUCGUUAUAAAAAAAAAUGUGUAUAUAUAUAUAUAUAUAUAUAUAUAUAUAUAUAUAUAUAUAUAUAUAGGCCGCUGGGCUGUGGAAAGACUUCUUGGAUUAUCUGGACGGCUCUGAUUAAUGUACCAGUAACAGGGAUCUUGCUGACGUACAUCUUGCAACUCAGCAGGACUGCAACAGAUAUUAAAAACAGCUGUUCUCAAUGUGAUGGGGCUGCCUCUCCGUUCCUGGUUUCAGGGUCACGUGAUGUCUCCAUGCCUCCCCACUUCACUGAAGCCCGCUGUCCAGGAACACAGUAACUCAACAGAAACGUAGACCAGAAACUCCCCAAAUCACUUGAGCUGGAUGUUUUAAUGAUUGGAAGGCAGGACUUAAUGAAUUUAAUAAUUGUUGUUAUCUCUAUAUGUGUAUUUUUUACUUGAAUGACCUGUUCAGUAUUGUUUUGAUGGGAGUGAUUGUUUGUGUACACGGAAAGAGGCAAAGCGGACGUAAGUUGGAUUUCACUACAACUUGAGGUUGGACCUUCUUCUGAUGUCUAACGUUUCUCACAACUCGGCUGCCCUCCCAUCUUUAUAUUAUAAUUAGAAGCCCUGUGUUCUGCAUUUGAGUUUAUGCCUUGCCAGACCUAAAACAAUAACUGAUCUCAAAUGGUCUGCUUGUUUUGAGAAGUAGCUCCACAUGUCUAUUUCUUUGGGAUUCUGCGGGCUUCUGGUAAUUAAAACUCAAUGUCCACCUCGUCUCUCUGCUUUCCGUCAAACAGGAAACAGUCAGAGGUAAGCCACAGGGUACUACAGACCAUAGACUGUAUUAAAAGAAGUGGAUGUAGCUUCCAGGUCUGAAAAGUAAAGCCAAUGAGGAAGUACCUUAAACCUGCAUUCUAUCUCAUUUCCAGCAAGACGGGAGUUCACUGGUUGCAAAAAGAAGUAAGUCCAGUUGUUUAAGUCUGAUUGUAUAGACGUCUAUGAGAAAAGAACCCAUGCCUUAGGGCGGGGCUGCCUUGUGAUUGACAGCGUUCGCUACCACAACCUGUCAAUUAGGAUAGAGGCUAGUAAUGCAUAUCCAUGGCAAUGAUUAUUAUGUUUAUUCAUUUAAAUAGCUGUGGACUUGUUUUUGGGUGCUGUUCGAGUCUUAGAACUUUGACCCUCUCACAGUGUGUUUCAUCAUCAAAGUAAAACAUUUUGUUUGCCAAAAAAUUCCAUGUUCAGUUGCACCUUGCUAACCAAGCUAGCUAGCGCUAGCGUUAGCUGUUAACUUGAGGGAAACAUUGCUGAUUUUCAAGCAGCUCUGUGCCACUGCAGUACAUGCAGAUGACCCGGAUGACGUACUGUAUGUCAGCCGGUUAAAAGUCAGCAAAUGUUCCAUCUUACGCGUAUGGCUUAGUACAGCGCCUUUGAAACAAUGCUGGCCCAAUGUUCCUCCCAAGCUCCACCUUCCUGCCAAAUAUGGUCAUUUCUAGUUCCAAAAACCAAGAUGGCGAUGGCAAAUGUUACUCGAGGCUUCAAAACAGUAGUCCACAAACCAAUGGGUGACAUCGCAGUAGCUACGUGCACUUCAAUUUUACAGUCUAUGGUACAGACACUUCAACACGAUGGAUGUGUCCAGCUUUGAAUCCAGAUCUUCCAGCUUAAAACCACAUUGUGUUUGCUUUUUCAGUGAUUCAUACAAAAUUGUUAUGAUGGCAUAGUUUUGUUUUAUUGUAAAAAGACAAUCUUCGUGAAGAUCUUUGUAUUUAGUUCACCCAAUUCUGUCUUGAUGUUUUUUGUGAAUGCCACUUGAAGGCACCAAAGUUGGACAUUUUCCAAUUCUACAUAGUGGCUUUAAUGACGGUUGCUCUUCUCAGUGGCCAAUGCUAACAUGCUACUCUAAAGCAUUCUUGCUAAACUGAUAAGUAACCCAAAUAAACUCACAGAACUGUUUGUUGUAAAUCCCCAAAACAGCACAUUAUUUUGACACCGAGGGGGAAGUUUAGGAUCUGGUGAAUAUAACCAAUCAAAAUUGACCAUAAAGUAGAUCACUGAGAUAAUCAAUUGAAUGCAUUGCACUGAUUUACACCAGGGGUCUUCAACGUAUUUUUAAGCCAAGGACCCCUUAACUAAAAGAGAGAUGGAGCAGGGACGCCCCAUUACUUAUAUUUUAUAAAAUAUAAGUAAGAUAAUAAACUGUGCCUACAAUAAUGUGUAGGGCCGCCUAAAGCCUUUACACCUUUUUGCAAAGAAUACUAAGCUAUUAAAAUAGCUUACUAAUUGUGGCAUUAUUUUAUAAAUCAUGUUUAAAUGUUAAACAUACAUGUAGCACAGUGAGUCCUUAGGAUGAACUGUGUAUCUAGAUGACAUUAGUGACUACCUUACCUAUGGGCCAGUUAGCAGUGAGGAUUUAUGUUCGCUAAUUGAUUGGAUUCAUGUUAAGACUUUUUUUCUUUUUUUUU